AGACUCCUCUCGAGUAGCAGAUGACACGUCGUGCGUGUUACAAUCAGCGAAGAGUUAUAUCAUAUAAAUGAUCAGACUGACAUCAAAUGUACACUUGCAACCCCGUGUUUAAUACCUUGAAUAACGAUAUCAACGUCAUUGUCCUAUCUUGCUGUCGCUCGUGGCAACGCCAUGCAAGCCGCAGGUAUGCUCCCACCAGAGUCUCCACAGGACAACCAAACCAUGGAUGAUCGCAGGCAUACGAGCUCAAUGUCCCAAGACGUCUUAAGUAUAAACGUGAAACCACCUGGAAUCCCAGCCCAUCUAGUGACACAGCGGGUCACACAUGCGCAGCAGCAUUCACGAGAAAAAUGGGAAGAAAUGAAGCCAAUUAUCCAAGAACUAUACAUGGAUCAAAGCUACUCCCUCGACAUUGUGGUGGGGAUCAUGGCAAAAAGGCAUGAUUUUUACGCUACUAACAAGAUGUAUAAGACGCGAUUCAUCCGCUGGGGUUGGCGGAAGAAUCGACCUCGGAACAAGCCAGAUGCAUAUGCGCCCUCUGUUCAAAGCCGAAAAGGGGCAAGAGCAAUGCCUCAGUAUACUAUCCAGCACCUCAGCGCACCGGAUAUUCUUAGAGAUCAAGAGGACCCUAUCUCAAUUUCGCGGAACCACGUAAUAGACGUAUCCAAGCUCCAAAGCUGGUGCUCAUCCUUCACCAAGACAAACCCAGGCCCUUCGUCGAAAGACUACGCUUCUAUGACUCGCUACGCUUUGGCAGAGGCUGCGUUCUCAGACAUAGCUCUCCAAUUGGGAAGGGGCAGGAUUAAUGGCGCAUUCCGCAGUCUAAACAAACUGUUCGACGCCAUGAUCGGGAAUGACGUAUAUCUCCAUCCAAAGCAUCACACCGCCUUCUGGGUGUUGUGCGACGGCAUUUACAACGCGUGCACCCUCGUUCAAGACUCUAACUUUCAUCUGCUACGCGAGCUCCUCUGCUUCCUAGCCCGAAAUGCCUUGGCUUCCUUUCAGAAGUCUGCAUCAGCCUCAUCGCAUUUCCGAGUACGAUUGAUUAUGGCACUGGUACGCAUGAGUCGGGACAACCCCAGUGUAAUGACCCAGACCUUCCGUACAGCGUACCUAGCGACCGCCGAAACCCUAGAAAUGAAGCUCGGUCUGAGUCACCCUGUUGUUCUAAUUACUUGGCUCGAUUACUUUCGGUACUUUAACCUCCCUGUCGAACCCGCUAGAAACCUUGUAUCGCGGUAUCUAGCGGCUCUAAACGAAGUAGAGACUGCUACUGGGCGCGAGUCCGAUGCUACGAUCAGCUUUUUACACACCUUCAUCAUCUUUCUUUUUUACUGUGUUGGUGAUGAGAUCCAAGCUCGGCAAAGACUAACUGAUUUACUAGAGAGGAUAACCCAUCGCGUUGCAGCUCAGACCUCUCCCACAGCCAGCAGUAUUCAUUUCCAAAGGGCAUAUGCGUUUGGGUCAUUGUUGCAAGGCCUCUUUAUCCUUGAGGACCACUAUGAUCUCGCGCAUUGCGAGGCAGUGGUAAGACAUACUAGCAAGUGGCUGAAGCAUUGCGGCGGAAGUGACGCAUCUGUGCAUGCCAUGAUGCUAGAUAUGGAUCUUUCAACCCUAAUUACAGCCUGGAGGGUAGGAAAGGACCUCCGGCAUGCUCCAUUGGUCUACGCGAAGCCGAGAAUUGAAAACGCUGGGGUGGGAUCGCCAGCACUUAGUACGCUGCCAUCGUUGAGAGACACGCCAUAGGAGCAUUGCUCUUGCAUAUACUAGGAAUGCCUACAGCAGAUACACCAUGAUGUUUGUUUUUGGUAAUCUGAAUUCACAGCUCCGGUGGAAGACACAGGACCUUAGGUGCGAGGAGCA